CUCAAAACUCUGCAAGAAUUGCUAAAUUGGUUAAGUCAACAUAGCUUCCUAUCAAGCAGACAAUCAUCAUAAAACCCGAACGGGUGUGGCAAGAAACCGAGACUAAAAAUAAACAACCAUCAUCAUCCAAUCGUCGACCGUGACCGCCAUGCCAAAAAUUUUGAUCCAAUUGGCCAGCCAGUUCUUCCAGCGCGUGCACACAUACCCUCUCGCGCAUUAGUAUCUCCGCACUAAAUUUGACCCUGACUGUAUAGGCAGACCGGUAUCCAAAUCAGUCGCCAUUUAUCGGACAACCGAGAUGGAAGUGAAUUUACUACUUCUGGGCACGGUGCUGGCCGUGCUCGUUUAUCUGUACCGUUUGAUAACGCAGAACAACGGCUACUUUCACGAUAAGCCGAUCCCCUGGCUGCGGGCUUGGCCCCUGCUGGGUACGACCGCCCCACUACUGUUGAAGCAGGUUACGUUCGCGGAUUUCGUGUCGUACGUUUAUAACAAGUUUCCAGGGGUUAAGAUUCUUGGGAUGUUCGACACAACAACGCCAUUCUUCGUGAUCCGCGAUCCGGAGUUGAUCAAGCAGAUCGCCGUCAAGGACUUUGACCACUUCAUGGACCAUCGACCGUUCUUCGGCGAACCAGAAGACACUGAGGAGCAUCCGCACGCCCUUUUCAAGCGAGUUCUGUUCACCCUGUCCGGUCAGCGAUGGCGUAACAUGCGGGCCACUCUGAGUCCGGCCUUCACCGGGCGGAAGAUGCGACUGAUGUUUACGCUGAUGGUGGACUGCGGCGAGCGGAUGCUGCAGCACUACGAAGCGUUGAUGGGCGGCACGGGGGGACGGAUGGAAGUGGAGAUCAAGGACAUGUUGAGCCGGUACGGGAUCAACGUGAUCGCGUCGUGCGCGUUCGGCAUCGAAGUGGAUUGCUUUCGGGACGUUGAUCACGAAUUCAUGUACCACGGAAAGAGGAUGAUGCAGAUGGGCAGUCCGCUGGUGAUAGCGAAGAUGCUGUUCAUGAGAAUGUUCCCAACAUUUGCGAAGAACUUCGGGUUGGAUAUUAUGCCGCGGGAGCAAGCGGUGUAUUUCACCAAGUUGAUCAAGGAGACGAUCCGAGCCCGGGAAAGUCAGGGUAUUGUUCGUCACGAUAUGAUCGAUCUGCUGUUGGAAGCUCGGAAGGGAACGUUGAGGUACGAGGAAGAACGAGAGGAAGCCCAGGAAGGGUUCGCCACUGUUCAGGAAUCGGAGGUCGGGAAGGCGAAAGUAACGAAGGUCAUAUCGGAAACUGACAUGGUCGCGCAGUGUCUGAUCUUCUUCAUCGCUGGAUUUGAAUCCGUAUCGACAACGUCCAUGUUCAUGAUUCACGAGUUGAUUCUGAACCCGGACAUUCAGCAGAAGUUGUAUGAAGAAGUUCAACAGACCCAUAAGCAACUUGAAGGUCAGCUUCUGACAUACGACGCGCUCCAGGGAAUGAAGUACAUGGACAUGGUCGUGUCGGAAACCAUGCGGAAGUGGCCGCUGUCUCCGAUUGGCGAUCGGUUGUGCGUAAAGGACUACAACCUAGACGACGGUCAAGGCCUUCGGUUCACCAUCGACAAAGGCACUUGCGUGUGGUUCCCGAUUCAUGGUAUUCAUCAUGAUCCGCAGUACUACCCAAAUCCGGACCGGUUCGACCCGGAGCGGUUCAGUGAUCAGAACAAAGGCAACAUCAAGGUGGGAACGUAUCUGCCGUUCGGUAUCGGUCCCAGAAACUGCAUUGGAUCGCGUUUUGCGCUCAUGGAACUGAAGGCCGUCAUGUACCACAUGCUGCGUAGGUUUUCGUUCCACCGAGGGGCUAGGACGCAAAUUCCGUUGAAGCUACGCAAGGGUAUGAACAACGUGGGAACCGACGAAGGAUUGUACGUGGAACUGCGACUGAGAAAUGCUUGAGGAAUUGAGGAGCAUGCUAACGCUU